UACAGAAAGGGGAGAGCCCGGGGAGAUUGUGCGUGUGUAUGUGUGUCUGGCUGUGCUGGCGUUAAUGUCUGAAGUAACAGUGUGAUUUCCAUUUAUUUUAAUUAGUUUCCCACGUAUUUCCUCAUCCCAGCCCGCUGGGCCUGUCAGCCCCUGCGGUCCCUUGGGAGCUAGUGACAGGCUGGGGGAGGCGAAGGCAGGCUGAGCAUCGCCUGGGCGGAGGGGCUCCUGGGCUGGUUUUCAAAGUCGCUUUGCUAUCUCCCCCCACCCCCCCACCCCUUUGUUUUUUUUAAUUGCUGGUGCCUGGGAGGCCUCGUGUCGCGGGGGUUUUUGCCUCAAGCUUCCGUGGCGGCUUUGGUGAAGCUGUUUAAAGCCCGCCGGGCUUGUAGGUGUCUCUUGUGAGAUCUCCGACUAGAUAAGGGGAGAUUUAGCGUUGCUGAUAUCGGAAAGGCAGGCGGACUGGCAAAACUUCAAAUCCUUCGGGGCUGCCCCGGUUAUCCUGAGAUUGCGAAAGCACAAAACCAGUUCUAAAUAACUAGGUGGUGAAGUUUAAAAAUUAUAUUCCAGUCUGAGGUUGCUUAACGUUGUUGUGGUAGUCUUAAUAUUACUUUCUGCUGGAGAAGUCAAAGGAAAUACGCCUCUUUUCACAAAUCGUUUUGGAUACGCUUUUUUAUGACUAACAGACUUGUGUGGGCAGUUUUACAGUUCCUUCUUUUUAAUUCCUUUCACAUAUCAGUUGGAGGACAUGUGUAUUUCUAAUAGUGUAAAACAAAAAAAGAAAGUGUGAUAUCUACAUCUGUUGUAAGAGAGGAUUUGUUGACAUUGUUUCCAGUUUUAUUUCCAAUUUGACAGUACAGACUUUAUUAUGGCUCUGUACUCCUAAAGUUUUGGUGUCCGUAGGGUUUGAGGUGUCAUAGCCCACAAGCUAGUUGUGGAGAAAUGGUGAAUAAGAACACAUUUUUUUAAAAAGAACUUUUAUUAAUAUUUUUUGGGGGGCUGGUUUUGUGUAAUGGUAGCUGUUUAAAUGAAAUCGGGUUAGUCACCCCUUUUAACCUGGUUCUUGAAACGAAAAAAAAUUACUCCCAUGAAGCACUUUUCUCUAACUUGUGCAUGAAGUGCAGUGUCUCUGAUACAGAUUUAAAGGUGCGAUACCAUGGUUAUGAAAGCUUCGGUAGAGGAUGAUGAUUCAGGAUGGGAACUUGGUAUGCCUGACAAGAUGGAAAAGAGUAAUACAAGCUGGAUAGAUAUAACACAGGAUUUUGAAGAAGCUUGUAGAGAACUGAAGUUAGGAGAACUACUUCAUGAUAAGCUUUUUGGUCUUUUUGAAGCCAUGUCUGCCAUUGAAAUGAUGGAUCCCAAGAUGGAUGCUGGUAUGAUUGGAAACCAAGUUAAUAGAAAGGUUCUUAACUUUGAGCAAGCUAUUAAGGAUGGCACCAUUAAAAUAAAGGAUCUUACUUCACCUGAGCUGGUAGGAAUAAUGGAUACAUGUUUUUGUUGUUUGAUAACAUGGUUAGAGGGACAUUCCUUGGCACAGACAGUAUUCACUUGCCUUUAUAUUCAUAAUCCUGACUUCAUAGAAGAUCCUGCUAUGAAGGCUUUUGCUCUAGGGAUCCUAAAAAUCUGUGAUAUUGCCAGAGAAAAGGUUAACAAAGCAGCUGUGUUUGAGGAGGAAGAUUUUCAGUCAAUGACUUACGGAUUUAAAAUGGCCAACAGUGUGACAGAUCUUAGAGUUACAGGUAUGCUAAAAGACGUAGAAGAUGACAUGCAAAGACGAGUGAAGAGCACUCGAAGUCGACAAGGAGAAGAGAGAGAUCCAGAAGUUGAACUUGAACAUCAACAGUGUUUAGCUGUGUUCAGCAGAGUCAAGUUUACCCGGGUACUACUGACUGUUCUAAUAGCAUUUACCAAGAAAGAGACGAGUGCAGUUGCGGAAGCCCAGAAACUAAUGACUCAGGCAGCUGACUUGCUUUCUGCCAUCCACAAUUCAUUGCAUCAUGGUAUCCAGGCACAGAAUGAUACCACUAAAGGAGAUCAUCCUAUUAUGAUGGGCUUUGAGCCCCUUGUUAAUCAGCGAUUGCUGCCGCCAACUUUCCCUCGAUAUGCAAAAAUAAUUAAAAGGGAAGAAAUGGUCAAUUAUUUUUCCAAACUAAUAGACCGAAUAAAAACUGUAUGUGAAGUAGUCAACUUAACUAAUUUGCACUGUAUACUGGAUUUUUUCUGUGAGUUUAGUGAGCAAUCACCAUGUGUUCUUUCAAGAUCCCUGUUACAGACAACUUUUCUGGUAGAUAACAAGAAGGUGUUUGGCACUCACCUCAUGCAAGACAUGGUAAAAGAUGCUUUAAGGUCUUUUGUCAGUCCUCCAGUACUUUCUCCAAAGUGCUGUCUUUAUAAUAAUCACCAGGCGAAGGACUACAUUGAUUCCUUUGUGACACAUUGCGUUCGGCCAUUUUGUAGUCUGAUUCAAAUCCAUGGACACAAUAGAGCUCGUCAGAGAGAUAAACUGGGUCACAUUCUUGAGGAAUUUGCCACCCUCCAGGAUGAGGCAGAGAAAGUAGAUGCAGCUCUUCAUAGUAUGUUACUGAAGCAGGAACCACAAAGGCAACAUUUGGCUUGCUUGGGCACCUGGGUCCUAUAUCAUAACCUUCGUAUUAUGAUACAGUAUCUUCUGAGUGGCUUUGAGUUGGAACUUUACAGUAUGCAUGAAUAUUACUACAUAUAUUGGUAUCUAUCCGAGUUCCUCUAUGCCUGGUUGAUGUCAACACUGAGCCGCGCUGACAGCUCUCAGAUGGCAGAGGAGAGAAUAAUGGAGGAACAACAGAAAGGCCGUAGUAGUAAGAAAACAAAGAAAAAGAAGAAAGUUCGCCCUCUCAGCAGAGAGAUCACCAUGAGUCAAGCAUACCAAAAUAUGUGCGCUGGGAUGUACAAGACAAUGAUUGCAUUCGACAUGGAUGGUAAAGUGAGAAAACCUAAGUUUGAACUCGAUAGUGAACAAGUUCGAUACGAGCACAGGUUUGCUCCGUUCAACAGUGUUAUCACACCACCCCCAGUGCACUACUUGCAGUUUAAAGAAAUGUCUGAUCUAAAUAAGUACAGCCCACCUCCUCAGUCAUCAGAUCUCUACAUGGCAGCUAGCAAACACUUCCAGCAAGCAAAAAUGAUUCUUGAGAAUAUUCCUAAUCCAGACUAUGAGGUCAAUCGAAUCUUAAAAGUUGCUAAACCCAAUAUUGUGGUCAUGAAGCUGCUGGCAGGAGGCCACAAAAAGGACUCUAAGGUUCCUCCAGAAUUUGACUUCUCUCCUCAUAAAUAUUUUCCAGUUGUAAAGCUUGUUUGAAAGAUGAGAUUAUUGUUAGGAUACUGGAAGCAUCAUCCUGUAUCAGACGCCAGCUGUAGGAUGGAAUAUCUAGUGCUGUAGCCAGACUGAGAGGGAUCUCCAGGAUAAAAGUACUGUUAUGUGGAAUACUUAUAGUUUGUCUUCUUUAUGUGAUCUGAAUGACAACUGCUGUUUUAAAAUGGUUUGUAUAAAUUUGUUUCAUGGUGAAGAUGACUUUAAUUCUGCAUUGUUGAAGAAUUUUAAUCUGCGUUGUUGAAGAAUGUUGUACCUUAAUUGAUUUUAUUACAGAUUUAAUCAAAAAUCAUUGUUGUGAAUGAUCUCUGACAGAAAAUGGUGGUUUGGGGAUUUAGUAACGCUUGGAACUGAACAAAAAUAAUACAGUAGAGCCUCAUUUCUGGUAUGCACAACUGAGCUACUGAAAUUCUGCUUUGAGCAAAGCCAGUUGGAGAGAUAGUGAGUUUCCAUAUUUUUGCCUAAAUUGCAUCAAACUUGCUCACUUUGGAAGUAGAAAGACAGUUCUUUUCUUGCCAAGUCCUGCAAGCUAGAACAAUCUUUACAGAAAUUAAGAGCAGAUGAAAAGUAUUCAUUUAGCUUGUACUGCACUGAAUUUGGUAAUUUUUGUUCAAUUGUCUAGGAGUUAUUUUAUCUCAGAUGUAGAAGUCCUUGAAGAGAGUGAGAAAUGGAGUAAGUUAGUUGCAGUUUAUUCCUUUGCCAGUAUUCUUCAUAGUACUGGAGAACUGUGUAGCUAACACCAAAUAGGAACACAAGACAUGCGGAGUAGUUACAAUACUUUCCUCAACUUUAUUUCAGUCUGGUGGUUACUUUGCCAUUGCAAAGGAGGGAUUGCUAAUUUGAUCCAUUGCUCAGUCAGCUCUUGCAUGAACUUCAUUCUUGUUUUCACUGCAGUGCUGCUGCUGAAUCCUACUGCCUUCUGAAUGGUUGAUGUAGGUAGAAAUCCCAAACAGUAAGAGCCCAAACCUACCCUUUCCUUCCUGGAACAGUUCUUCCUCCUGUGCUUCUAGAUGUGAAAUAAUAGGCGUAAGCUAUUGUGCUGAGCAACCCUUCUGCUAAAGGAGGAGAAAAAAGUUAAGAAGCUGACUUGCUCUUUGAUAAACCAUACUGCCAAGUCUGACCUGGGCCAGAAAAGCAAAUCCUCCAGGUUUGACUGCAUUGAACAGGAUGAUUCUUCAUUUUGGUGCAAAAUGGCUUACUCUGUAGUGAUGAAGUGAAGUCCCUCUUGACCAUGCAAGGCACUUGUGUUUCUCCCAGCAUAUAGUUGCACUGUGGAGUAACACCACUUUAACUCCAUCACCUAAGCAGCAGCCCUGCUGAGCUAGAGCCAGAAAACAAUGAAGAAACCCUGAAGUGGAACACCCACUUAGACAGGCUUUUCCUGGUUUCUCUGCUAAGGAGGUUGCAUAUCAUUUUACAUGUUUCCUUAUUGUCAUGAUUAAUAUACUUGAAUGCUUCUGUAAAGGAAUGAAAAUCCUGGAAAAUGUAGUUGUAAAGAUGACAAAGAGGUUCUAGUGCAGGACACUGAGAAUUCAUCUGGCUUUUGCUGCCUUCUUGUAAACAAUUGCAAAGAUCUUUCCUGACUUAAAAAUCUUGAACUAUAUGACAGCAGCUUGAAGAACAGCCUUUGGUAUUUCUCCAAAGGAAGCAGUAAGUAAAAGAAAAAAUAAGUUCCACAUCAUUUAUGGAACCAGGAAAACAGGAAUGAUAAUCUUUCCCAUUUUCAUUAACAUUAGGACUAGAUGAACUGUACAGAAUAAGGUGAAUACACAGUAGAGAAGAUUGUUUUUAUUUUAAAAUGCUUAUCUAAAAUGGAUCAAGCUUAAUUUUUUAAAAAAAUCAAGGACAAGUGUUAAUUUAAACCCCACAUGAUUACAGCAAAGCAGCUUUUCCUGCCUCAUGCAACUAAAAAUUUUAGUGAUAGACAAUACUGUGUAAACCACAGUUCCAAAUGAAUCUCGUUUUAUUCAACUGAAAGUCCUUCAAUUUUAAAACUCUAUAUAGUAGACACACAGGCCCCUUGUCUACUAGAAAUCUACCUCCCUAGUUACAUUCCUGUAGCACUUGAAGCCAUUGAGAAUAAGACUGCAUUCCUUCAUGCAUUUGAACGUUGCUCUUACGAGGUUUUCGGGCCCCCAGCUGUCAGAAGUGUGUGUUUUGUACAAAGGUGGUCCUGUUUAUAGAAAGGACAACAUCUAGCUGGCUAGAGAAGCCCAGUCAGGUUUGGGUACUAUAUAGAAAUAACAGCCAAAACAAUUUUUUAAAAAAGAAUUCUCUGGCACUAUAUGAAUUACCUUAAGGAUUUUGUUUGUUUACAGAGUAAGUCCUAAGAAAAUGCCCCUUUUACUCAGAAUGUGUAAACAUUUUGAUGUUAAAACAUGGCAUUAUUUGCAAAAAAUAACUUAAAAGCCCAAGUUUCCCAAUACUUGACAGUUAGAAGAGAUGCUCAUCCUCCUUUUCUCUCCUGCUUACAGGCAUUUAUUUUCUCUGCUAUACUGACUGUAGUAGCCCAGACCAGUGUGAGUCUGACUUAAAUGGCAAAAAAAGAGUAACCAAGAACUCAGUAAUGGAAGUUGGUGCUUUCCUUAGAAAAAUGCAAGUUAGAGUGGCAAGUCUAUCACUGACCUGUUUACGUAUUUAGGCUUAAUAGGCAUCAUUUGACUUGAGCUCUGCCUUUCACUUGAUGACAGCUGAUACUGUCUUCACACACAAGAACUGACCUUCCACUUCCAUAUUUAGGCAUCUUAAGGUACAGGAGUUGUAAACUAGUACACUGAGGAAUGACACACCACAAAAGUAGCUACAAAUGAAUACAAAGCUAAGACAUUUGUAUUUUCUUAAACGUAAUUGCUGGUUAGUUGGUAAUUAGCUGGUUAGUCAUGUCUGUCUGUCUGCUCCCAUGAUGUCUUAACGGAGGUCAGUUUGUCCUCAAAGAUUGCUCCAGACACAGGUGUCAGCCUUGAGGACAGACACAAUCUUCACACCAGCUGGCUACACACAGUGCAGGCUGUGUUGCAGUUAAGGAUGCCUUUGUGGUAGCACAGGGUAUUUCUAGGUUAUCGCCAGUAAACUAGUUUCUAGUUUACAUUCAACAUGUUACAGAAAAGACAGAGACUACGGAACAUUAACAACAUGAUACAUUGUGCAUAACAUAGGACUUCACAACAACUAGUGGGAGACAUUGAGACAUCUGGUAAAUGCAUAGUCUGGUUUACUUCCUCCAGAAGUCCGGCAGAGAUUAGUCACUUUGAACAGUUGAGAUUGCUGUUUUUACAAAGCAAGCAUUUGCCUUUCUACAUUUUAGCAGAAUAUAGUGGCUGGGUGGAGUGAAGGGUAGUCAUAGCACACCAUUUCAGAUGGCUUCUGUCAUGAAAUGUUCAGGAGUUUGAAUUUUUACACUGAACUAGCACAAGUUAGUGGUAGCUGAACCAUACUGAUCUUGUGAACAGGACUCCAACAGAGCUUUCAGAAAAAUCUUCCUGCUAAUCUCUUAAUGAGAACACGCUGUUGUCAGAGUCCUUCCCCCCGCCCUGCCCUAAAAGGCAAGAACACAACCAGCACAUUGUUUCAGCCUGGUUACAGAUAGCAUAAGCUAGCAAUUUCAUUUAGAAGGCCUAGGAAAAUGUAUCAUGCUGCAUAGCGUCUGAAGACUACUACCAUCAUGCUUGCUGGCUUUAUCUACAUUGCAGUAACAAGGUGCGAGAACAGGCACUAGGGUAGACUGCAGCAUGGUCCAUCUUCCAUCCUUCCCAUGUUUUGUUAAGGUAAGUUAGCUCUUCUUAAGCUCUUCUUACAACUAAGCUGGGGGUUGCUCUACUGCAUUGCUCAGGGGAGAGAGUUCUCUGCCAAGGAUGGAUCUUUCUCAUCUACCACCAGUCAGCACAUGUUAUUAUUGUAGUAUGACCAUACAAGUUAGCUGACUUCAAAGUUACUAUAACUGGUUUCAAUAUUGUAAUUGGUAGGAAGGAAGGAGUCAUCGCAGAUGUCAAGCUGCUUUAAAACAAGUCUCCAGAGAUUUAAUAUUAUUUUUUUCACCACUGAAACAGUACUAAAACUUCACAAGAAAAUACUACUUCAUUUGGGCCCUUAUUGAAGCCUUGAGAAGAUAAUCAAAAUGUUCUCAGAUCACUUUGCUCUCAUUGUUCCUGCAUUGAUAUGAAGAGGUGAUCAAGUUGCAUCAUGAACCUCCUUUGUUCACAGCCUCUGUCGUUCUUCACCUUGCUCAGAUAAGUGGUUCUUCAGAUCUUCAGGGUUUUGAACUAGGAAAAGAAAAAGGUACAGAGAUCUCUUUAUGAGGCAGAAGGGACAGUUCUUCAUCUAGAACGCAGCGCAAGAAAUUUUGAAAGGCUGUGAAGUACUGUAUAGUGAAGCUACAGAUACUGUCCCCACCACCAGGUGUUAAACAGUACCUUCAGUGAUGCUACACAGAAAAUAGGUCACACUGUCAGCUCAAAGAACAGACAAAUUAGCUAGCUGUAUCUGCUACAGGAUGCCAGUCACAUAUUGCAAAAUUUUCAGCAUGUGGCACUCAAGGUAAAACUUUUUUACCAUUUUCAAUCCCUGCAAGUGCUGCUUGCUUGUCCGUUUCUGAUUCAGCUUCAUUCUCAUCUAAAUUGUAAUCAACAUCCUUGUCCUGGUUCAGUGCUUCAUGUUCUACUUUGUUUGGAAAAAUGUUAGACAUAAUUAGUUUUAUGCUAUACCAUACGGUCAUCUCCACAAGAAACAGUUACUGUAACAGUCUUCCAGAGAAUUUACUUUGCUGCUGAAUGAAUUGCUGUUUAGAGUAGGUUUUCAUAUUAUUUUUCCUUUUGAACUGUUAAAUUUCAAAGCAGCUUUUGCUGUAAUUCUUUUCUAAAGGACUAGAUAGAAGAAUCUUCUAGUAUUUGGAAAGUCUAAUAAAAUUCAUUCAGCACUAGACGGACAGAACGGAAAAGCGUUAAACAUUUUCAGAAUACACUAAACGACAGCCGAAGGAAGUGUAAAGCUUGGCUGUGGUGUUGCUUUUAAAUGUAUUGCCACCACCACUAAAUCAUAACUCAGCUUGCCCCCUUCUCAUUUUAGUUUGCCAUAUUCACAGCUUUCUGCCUGAUGGACAUCAAAAAACAAAGUAUUUUAUGAUAUGCUAACUUUACACAAAAGUGCUUUUCCAUAAGAGAUUUUCUUCACCCAGUGAUUAAUUAAUCUCAAGUAAUUUUUAUCAACUAUCUUAAGAUUUCUUUCUAUAAAGAGCUCAGAAGUAAAUGGAAAGAUUAUUUCUGACUGCCAAACUACUUACCCUUACUUUUCAGUUAACCACCCAGAAAAUAAUGGCAAAGAGGUAUAAGCAUACCCCAGUUAAGAGAGAUCAGAGUCUCUGGUUCUGAACGUUCCCAAGUCAAGUCCUCCAAUUACUAACUGGCUUAGAGACCGGCUUGAAAAUUUUUAGCUUGAUGUUGUCCAUGUGCAGACCAUCGCAUAAAAUAGAUUUUUACAGUUAUAGACCUGAAGGUCUCAAACUUUUAAAAUAAGCUUUUAUUUGAAAGAGAGACAAUGCUCAGAGAAUGCAAAGGAAAUCUUCUACCUUAGUUCCUUUGGCUACAAGGAACCGAUGCAGUAAGGCGUGGUAUUUUUGUUGAACCAUCAAGCCUGAAGAACAUCCUGCUAGUCCUUCCAUCUUGGAGAAACUCUGACCUUUCACAGGCUACAUGGCAGAGUUUUUUCUUGUGCUAACUGUUGGAUGAGGUUUUUUACCUAAUCUUUCUGCUAUGUAUUCCCAUUAAAAUGGAAGCAAUCUAGGUAAAUCACAUAUUCACAUCUCUGGGGUACAGCCUGCUCUGGCCAGCAUCUUUUUGGAGCAGCUAGAAUAUAUUACCUUAGCAAUGCAGAUGAGACUAUUUAUCCCUGUCAAGUUAUCAACAGUGCUAACAUCAUGAUUCUCUGAAUGCGUUACUCAAAAAGCAUAAACAGCAUUUUUUGUGGGCAUCAAUUCCUGCUCUGCCUGCCACAAGGAUUCCUCUUGAUUACUCUGUCUGGGCUACUGGGGCCACCUGAGGCUGAGUUCCUCAAGACAGACAGAGCGACAUCUAGAUUGCAGUCAGGUUUAGGCAAGACAUCAGUACUCUGCUGCUCGGUGCUGUGGAGACAUGUAGUGCAGGGCCACAGGUGGUAGAUGCCAGAAACUGGCACCUUUGCAACAUCUGAUCUGCAGCUCUGCAGACUCACAAUAAGAAACUUUAGAUACCUGAAGUCUUAGGUCAACUUUUAUUUAUGCUAGCUUAUUUUGAAAUAGGGAGAGCUAGCACUUACACAUUGACACUAUAAAAAUAUCUGCAAAACAUCAAUACAUCUCAUUGUUUUCAAAUAUGUCAUGUUCUUAUAAAGCCUAAAUACCAAAAAGUUUCAGGGGUAAUUUCCCCAAAUGCCUUGUAGAGCCAAUGGAGAGACAGGAAGGCUCCCUCUUUACCCACUGACUGCAGAAGACUGCCAGGAACUGACCAGCCUUGGACAUCUCACAAAAACCUUUAAGAAAGCUCGUACUGGGUCCAGCCAGCUGCCACCACUGUUGCAGAAAUUAUGCCCUAUUCCAUGCUUUCGUUUCUUGGCUGUUCGAAGCAAUAUGUGAUGUGCUACCAACCAGCCUUUCCGAGGGGCAAGUCAUCUUCCUUAGCAUUGUAAUUUAGGAGCUGCUCCCUCUCAGUUUCCUCACUAGCAGCCUGCUCUGCUGCCAGCUGUAAUGCAUCUUGCCCUGCUACAUGUCUUUCAUCUUCAGAUGGAUUCAGCUCCUUCUCUGACUCGAGUGGCAUCUCCUUAUGAUCUGCAGCAGCCUUUAGUAAGUCCUGGGGGGUUUUCAGUUCACUAGAAAGCUUCUCUUCUGCCUUAGGCUCCUGUUCUCUGAUGUCAGCCAGCCCAUUCAUUCUUUCUGUGAACAAUAAAAAUGAUUCUAAAUAAAAAACCUAAUGCCUUUCAGUGGUGGCAGUUAAACCCAGUUAAAAACCUUUAAUAAAUACUGCUUUAUCUUCCACAUUCAAUGUUUUUCCUCUGAAAGAACAUCUUUCAACCACAUCAGUUCUGAAGAGAAAGGCAAAGACAACCCAUGUUUUUCCUACUGGGAACAGCUAAAGGAUGAGUCUUGUAGAGUUGACUGUGGCAUUGUUUAGCGCCUGGAGAUUCAUGCUUCUACCUACUUAAAACUUUGAUAUGUGAGUUAAUAAGUUGUGCAGGUGAAACAGUAAUUUAAAUUAAAAACUGCAGUGUACUACAAUAAAACUGAUGUGGUGUUCAAGAGUAGCUCAGGACAAAGUAGUCACAUGGGGAGAUUUGCAAGUAAAUCAAGCCUUUUCACGUUUUGAAAUAUGAAGAGGAAGUACAGGAGGGCUAUUACUUUUAGCAGACAUUACUGUGUCUUUUUUCCUGUUUAUCUGUAUUUUUAGCUAAAAAAAAAACAUCAUAAAUGUUGCCUGAAUAAACUAUAUAUAGAUGUUGUCUUCAGUUGCUAGCUCUCUAAAAUAAGAGUUGCAUACUCCUCUAAGACUGUAAUUUAAGAUAGCAUGCAAGAAUAAUUAAAUAAGAAAUUGAAUUUCUAUCAGGCACAGUACUACGCAAGACUGAUGCCAUAGGACACAUCCAUUCACAUUAAUAGUUUCUGAGAGUUUAGUGCCAAAAGCAAACAUUAGGUUAACUAAUCUGAUCUCCUGCAUAUAAUUUCCCUUACUUGCAUUUUGCAACACAUAGGAAGCAUGGAUGUGUGUGUUUAAAGCUAACUUUCAGCUAUUCCGUAGGGUGGGGUAGCAGGCUAGAUGUAUCAAUCUUAGGAAGAACACAAAUUUUAAAUGUGCUUGAAAGUUAUUGCUUCCAGAAGCAGGAUAUUUUCCUCUGUAUUAAAUGAGGCAUAGAACUCCCGCAUUGUAAAUAUUUGUAUUUUCCUUUACAUGCAACAUGUCAAUUACAACAAAACUGGACCAGUAGAAACGCUAGUAAUAAAAAUGCUUGAAUAGAUACUAUACCUCUCCACAGCUGGAAAACUUAUUAUAGUUAAGUGUACUAGUGUUGCUUUUUCCAUCUUAAUCUUGUGUAUGAAAAAUGUUUUUUUAAAUGUUCAGUUAAAUUACAAAUGUUCUCUACCA